AUGUGUGAUGUUAUUGAACAAGGAGAAAUAAAAGUAGGUAGAGAAACUAAAUCAAGAUUCCAUGAUGGAAUAGAAGUACAAUGGAAUCAUCUUGAAUGUAUAGAAAAUAAAUAUAAUUUCAAAAGUACUCCAUUAUCAACAAUGAAAGGAUGGGAAAAACUUAGAUGGGAUGAUAUACUUCAUAUUAAAACAAUUGUAGAAGAUGAUGUUCCAAUUGCAACAGACAAAAUAGAAAAAAUAAAAAAAAAGAAUGAAAGAUUUUGGAAGGCAAAAGAUAAAUUAAGUGAAGUACAAGCAAAAUUACUCAGAGAAUUAUUAACAGAAAAUGGAAUUAUUUAUGGAGAAAAAAUUGAUAAUGAGAUAUUGUAUGAUGCAGCAGCUGAUAUGUUAGAAUUUGGAGUAAUGGAAGAAUGUCCACAAUGUCAUGAAAGAAAGUUAGAGAAUCAUAUUAUUAACAUUGUUUGUCGUGGUAAUAUGACUGAAUUUGUAAAGUGUGAUUACAAAACAAAUGAUAUUGAUUCAAUUAAAAGAUAUAAAGCAAAUAUUAGUGAAAAAGUUUCUGGAUUAGAUAAGAAAAAAAUCUUAUCUUGUUGGGUAUUUCCAGAUGACUAUCCUACUGAAUCAUUUUGUGAAUCUAAUACUAAUGGAAAUAUAAAAGAAGAAAAUUGUCUUGAAAAAGAUAAUGAAAUAGAAAGUGAAGUACCACCAAAAAAAGAAUUAUAUGGAAUGUAUAUUCUUGUUAAAGGAACACCUAAAUAUCUUGGAAGUAGUAUUAGUGAAUGGCAAAAUUUAAUUAUUGAUUAUGGUGGAAAUAUUGUUAAAAAUGUAGCAGAUGCAACUGUUUGUUUGAGUACUAAUGAAGAUAUGGAAAGUGGGAAAGCAACAGGAAUUAGAGAUGCAAAAGAAACAUUAACUUGUUUAACAUUAGAGUGGAUAGAUGAAUUAACAGAUAGAAAAGGAGAAUUUAUGAAAUUAAGAAGUAAAGAAGGAGCAGAAAAAUAUUUAUGUGAAGGAUGUGAAUGGAAAACAGAAAUAGUUAAAAAGAAAUAUCAUGAGAAAGAAGGAAUUAUAAAAGAAACAUUUAAACCAACAGCAGAUUCAGAAAUUAUGAAAUAUAGUCCAAAUAAUAGUCUUGGUAAUGGAACAGAAAUUUAUGUUGAAGAUGAUCCAGUAUGUGGAUGGACAGCAUAUAAUGUAGUAUUAAGUAAAACAGAUUUAGAUAGUGGAGCUAAUUCAGUAUAUAGAAUGCAAAUAGUUAAGAAAGGAAAAAAAUAUCAAAUGAUGUUUGAAUGGGGAAGAAUUGGAGGAACAUUACAUAAUACAUUUAGAAAUGGAAGUCUUAGUAAUAUUUUAUCAGAAUGGAUAAAAAAAUUUAAAGAAUGUACAGGAAAUGAUUGGGAAAAUAGACUUCAAUUUAAAAAAGUAGGAGGAAAAUAUUUUAUGCAAGCACUUGAUACAGGAAAGGAUGAAACAGAAAGAAAAAAAUUAAUGAAUGAAGAAACAAGAAAGAAAAUGGAAGAAAAGAGACAAGAAUUAAAAGAGAAAGCAAAAGAAAAUUAUUUAGAUCCAAGAGUGUCUGAUUUAAUUAAAAUGAUAUUUGAUACUGAUAUGAUGAAAAAUACACUUCAAAAAGCAGGAUUAAAUCUUAGUAAUAUGCCACUUGGAAAAAUUAAAAUUGAACAAAUGAAAGAAGCAAUGAGAGUAUUAUCUAAAUUAUCAGAUAUAUUAAGUAAAGAUAGUGAAAUGACAGAAAAACAAAAAGAAGUUCAAAUUAAAGAUUUAACAACAAAAUAUUAUACAUUUGUUCCACAUAUUAUUAGUGGAAGUACUAUUCCAAUGAUUGAUAAUGAUGAAAAAAUAAAGAAAGAAUUAAAAUUAGUAGAAACUAUGUGUGAUGUUGGAGAAGCAAUGAAAUUAAUUGAAGAAGAUGAAGGAAUGGAUUUAGAUGAAAUAACUCAAAUUUAUUCACAUUAUAAAAGUUUAAAUACUAAAAUUACUGCUUUAGAUAAAGAUUCUGAAAGAUAUAAAUUACUUGAAGAAUAUUUUACUAAUAAUCAAGAAACUAAUUCAUGGAGAAAAACAACUAAAUUAGUUGAUAUUUUUGAAAUAGAAAGAGAAGGAGAAAGAGCUAGAUAUCAACCUCAUACAGAUGAUCUAAAUAGACAAUUAUUAUAUCAUGGAAGUAGAUUAACUAAUUUUGUUGGUAUUUUAUCUACUGGUUUAAGAAUUGCACCACCAGAAGCACCUUGUAAUGGAUAUAGAUAUGGUAAAGGUCUUUAUUUUGCUAAUUGUGCAAGUAAAUCAGUAAGUUAUUGUACUUAUAAUAAUGAAAAUAGAGGUUGUAUUUUAUUCUGUGAAGUUGCACUUGGUAAACAAUGGGAAACUCCUAAAGAUAAAUACAUGGAAAAACCUCAACCAGGAACAGAUUCUACUUAUGCUCUUGGUAUGGUUGAACCUGAUCCAAAAGAUACUAUUACUUUAGAAGAUGGUGUUAAAGUUGCUAAAGGUAAAAUUAUUUCUACUGGAUUACAGACAUGGAAUAGUCAUUCUGAAUUGGUUGUGUAUGAUGUUGCACGAGUAAAUAUACGAUAUUUAGCAAUUUUCCAAUUAUAA